CAUGUUAAAAAGUCAUUUUAAAAUUUAAAGUCAUUUUAUUCUUAAAAAAUUGGAAAGGCAGCUAGCAAAAAAACAAGGCCCAGAUUUCACUCUAUAAAAAAGUGACGGGAGAUAAUCUGCUCCCAUCUUACUAUAUUUAAUUUCUCAAACCCUUCUUAACAUUUUUCUAAUUUUCUUAGUUUAUAAUGAACUGAGGACCAAACUCAGAACAACGUACUACCUAUAUCCUUAACAUUUUUCUAAUUUUCAUACUACACCGCUAAUGCUAUAAUUAUUCGUGACCAGAUCUGUCUAGGAUCUUGGAUACAAGACAAACUCUACAAUUCUAUGAUAUUGCACUCAACAAUAAAGAAACCUACCACACUCUCAACCUUAUCACUUCACUUCCUUCAUUCUUGUCUCAAUAUAUUUCAUGUAGAAGCUAUUCAAGAAAAUAUAACUCAACCAGAAAGGAAACAAAAUGCAGAAGCAACUCAAUCACACCCUCUUUAUCCUAUUCUCUAUACUCAAUGUUUGUUUGGCAAUAAAUCAUAAGAAAAGCGAAAAUCCAUUCACUCCAAAGGCGUUUGCAAUUCGUUAUUGGGACAGAGUCAUCAAAAACAACUUACCAAAGCCAUCUUUCAUUCUCUCCAAGGCCUCGCCACUUAGUGCGGCCGAUGCAUCUGCUUUCGCGAAACACGCGGCCGCCAACACACUCUCCACAAAGCUGCCGGAGUUCUGUUCCGCCGCACACCUCUUCUGCUUCCCAGACCUCGCUAAACAACGUCCUUUCGACCCCUUGCAUUUUGCUGUCUACAGCGUGGAUCAGAAUUUCACCACCUACAGCUUCAACGAAAAUUUCACCACCUAUGGAACGCAUAAAUCCGACGGAAUCGACGCGUUCAAGAAUUACUCCGUCGGUUUAAACACCGUCCAGCACAACGAAUUCGAAACAUACAGCAAAAGCUCCGCCGGUCACAACGACAGUUUCACUAACUACGUCAUCGACAACAACGCGUCGGAUGAAGACUUCAACAAUUACGGAACCACCGCCGCCGGCGGAUCAGGUGAAUUCAAAAUCUAUGCUCAACACAGCAACGUGCCUAACAUAAAAUUCACAACCUACACCGCCGGUACUACCGGAAGAGAACAAAAAUUCACAAGCUACAGCGACGGCGCAAACGCCGGUAAUCAAAGCUUCACGAAUUAUGGCAAAGACUCUCUUCACGCCGUUAACGGUUUCACCGAGUAUGGAACACACGCUAACGUGUUCAAAACCGAUUUCUCUGCUUAUUCAGAAAAAGGCACAAGCGCUAAAGACACUUUCACGAGCUAUGGUAAGCACUUGAAUGAGCCUGAUACGAAUUUCAAGAAUUACGGUAAAGGAAGUACUGAUGCGGCGGAGAAAUUCACGAAUUACAGAGACGUUGCUAGUGCCGGUGAUGAUUCGUUCAUUUCGUACGGUGAAAGUUCACGACUUGGAGUCCACGUUAAUUUUGAAAAUUACGGUCGUAAACCCAUUUUUCCAGGAGCCGAAAGUUUUAUAGGCUAUGCUAAAGGUGCAGAUCUAAAUCACAAGGUUAGUUUCAAAGGUUAUGAUACUGUUAAUAACACUUUCAAGGAUUAUGAUAAAAAAGGUAUUUCUUUUGCUAAGUAUGCUAAUGCUUCUUCUUCAAGUGUCGUAACUAGUGGUAGUUUGGUAAAAACGUGGGUUCAACCGGGUAAGUUUUUUCGCGAGAGGAUGUUGAAGGAAGGGACGGUUAUGCCUAUGCCAGAUAUAAGGGAUAAGUUACCGCCAAGGUCAUUUUUGCCUCGUUCUAUUUUGACUAAAUUGCCCUUUGCGUCUUCUAAGCUGAAUGAGAUGAAGCGGGUUUUUAAGGUGUCUGAGAAUUCCUCGAUGAACAAGAUGAUGGUCGAUGCAUUGAGUGAGUGUGAGAGGGCGCCGAGUAUGGGCGAGACCAAGCGUUGUGUGGGUUCGCUUGAGGAUAUGAUUGACUUUGCAACUUCUGUUUUGGGUCGCAGUGUUAAGGUUCGGUCUACUGAAAAUGUAAAUGGGUCGAGUAAGAAUGUUAUAGUGGGUAAGAUAAAUGGUGGAAAAGUUACCCAAUCUGUGUCGUGUCACCAGAGUUUGUUUCCUUAUUUGUUAUACUAUUGUCACUCGGUUCCAAAGGUUCGAGUCUACGAAGCGGAUCUUUUGGAUACAAUUUCCAAGGUGAAGAUUAAUCAUGGUGUUGCCAUCUGUCACUUGGAUACAACUGCUUGGAGUCCUACUCAUGGUGCAUUUUUGGCUCUUGGAUCUGGUCCGGGACAUAUUGAAGUUUGUCAUUGGAUCUUUCAAAAUGAUAUGACAUGGACGACUGCUGAUUGACAUGGAAUAUGUCAUAUGCCAACCGUCAAGUAUCCGAUUUAUUUUAUUUUUUUUAGAAAUAAAUGGUUUUUCCUUUAAAAAAACAUGUAUCAUUUUAAAUUUUCAAUCAACUAUGUGCAUGUUUAAAUUUGCAAUAAGUUCGAAGGAAUUGUUAUGUGUCAGCGCCUGACUUUGACGAAGCUUAAUCAAAUUAUGAUGUUACUAAAAUUUUAUCAAGUUCAAAUUUACUAUAAUUACAAACA